AACUUCUUAAAGAUGGCGACCAAAAGCGGAGGUAUCGACCGUGUUCUUGCAAAAUGCAGAGCAUGUGUCGAAAGAGGAGACUUUUACGAAGCUCAUCAGAUGUACAGAACACUAUAUUUUAGAUAUAAGGGGCAGAAAAAAUAUACAGAGGCAUUGAACUUACUGUACAAUGGAUCUUUGACUCUUCUGCAACACAACCAGCAUUCCAGCGGAGCAGAUUUAGCCAUGCUGAUGAUCGAGUUACUGAACACAUCCAUGACUCCUGUUACGGAGGAUACUAUAGACAAGGUGGUGAAGCUAUUCCGUGCCAUGAACCCAGAAUGUCCAGAACGUCACCAUUACAUGGUAUCCUCCAUCAGAUGGUCGACAAAAACAGACAACCAGCAGCACAAACUUGGACACCCCGACCUCCACCAGAAGAUAGGCAGACUGUUCUGGGAAGAGAAAAACUAUGUGCAGGCCAGAUAUCACUUCCUUCAUUCUACGGAUGGCAAGGGUUGUGCAACAAUGUUGAUUGAAUACCACUUGAUGAAAGGGUAUACGUCGGAGGUGGACAUGUUUAUAGCACAAGCUGUGUUACAAUAUUUGUGUCUCAAGAAUAAAGAAACAGCGAAUGAUGCAUUUCAGAUGUACACACAAAACCAUCCUCAGGUGAAGCAGGGAUCACCGUAUGUCCAUCCACUUCUGAACUUCAUAUGGUUCUUGUUGUUAGCACUGGAAGGGGGACGCCUUACAGUAUUUACCAUCUUAUGUGAAAAAUAUGAAACAUCUAUAAAGAGAGAUCCUACAUAUAAAGAGUACUUAGAUAAAAUCGGACAAGUGUUUUUCGGAGUUCCUCCUCCAAGGGCACCUUCUCAGGGACUAAUUGGUAACUUGAUCCAGAGUCUGUUCUCGGGCGGUGAUGAUGACGAAGACAUGAUGCAGGUGUCUUCCUCUAGUUGGGGAAGUAUGGGCAGCAGUAUGACCACUUCUACACGUGAAAUCAACCAAGUGGAACUUGACUAAAUCAACCAAGUGGAACUUGACUAAAUCAACCAAGUGGAACUUGACUAAAUCAACCAAGUGGAACUUGACUAAAUCAACCAAGUGGAACUUGACUAAAUCAACCAAGUGGAACUUGACUAAAUCAACCACGUGGAACUUGACUAAAUCAAUCAAGUGGAACAUGAUUAAACUUUGCCAAGUGGAACUUGAUUUAACUUAGCCUUAUUGAAGAGUCAAAUAUAAUAGGAACUGUUUCUUGGGAUUACUUUCAGGAGGAUGCUGCCUGUGCAGGAUUUAAUGAGACAUCAUUUGGUUGGAAUGUAAAAUCUUAUUUAUACAUAUUCUUGAAAUUCGAUAAUUUGGAAUGUAAACAUUUUUUUAUAUAUAAAAAACUUAUAUUGAACUUGGCAAGAUGUGGUUUGUUGGUUGGAAAAUACUUUUCAUAUGAAAAAGGAUACAAAGGAUAGUCAGUUGGAAUUUGAAAUGUUUGUUCUGUAAAUUGCUAAGUACUACAAAUAACAUAAAACAGUUCCUCUAACACACAUGUGAAAAUGAAUAUUUACUGAUAGGCAGAGACUAAAAUCAUAACACUAUUAUUUUAUUAUCAAGUAGAAAGAAUAUUCAUACCCUGCCAACACUACACUCCGGCAGGGUAUGAAACCGGCCCCAUUACCAAUAGUGUAGCCUGAUGUGACUCACAUCGGGCGGUAUUAUGUCUAUAAUUAUACUUUUUCCAGAUAAAAACACAUGUAAAUUUUAAAUUACAAGAAAUUCUUGUAAGUAUAAUCAAUAUCCUAUUUAAUAUUACAAACCUGCCCAUUACAUCAUUUCUUCACACACAAUAAACAAACAAAAAAAAGGGCACACCAAGAAUCCAUUCAAAUAUACUGCCAUAUUUGAUACAAAUAUGAAUGUCAAUUUCCUUAUAAGGAAAUAGUAAUAAAUUGAUUCUUAUAAGAUUCCUCUGACAUUUCAACAGAUUAACAGAUUUGGAGCUAUAACCUCAGUGAACAAUGUCAUACAUUAUGAAACUAAAUUAUCACACAAAAUAAGAUGUUCUUUUUUUCGUCUGACUUACGAAAAAAAUAGUAACAGGGACUGUUCGUUCAUGUGAACAAACCGGUUCACCAAUUUUCAAAUGUACAUGGUAUAUUUCGGACAUAUAUCUUGACGGACCUGUUGAUGUUAAUACAGGCUUUGAAAAUCUUUGUCAAGACUCGUCUGAAAACAAUAUAAAAUCACAAGGUCUGUCUUUAUUUCAAAAACGAACAACUCUUGUCCAAAUGGUCAAACCGUUCAGACUGCAAAAAUGAAAACGGCCCAGAUCUUUGAUCAUAAGAUAUUUAUCCGAGUAGCUUCCUCCAUAUAUGGUAAAGAAAACUAAUUUGGGUUACGGUAGUUCUCUAAGAAGUGUUGUUACAGAUGAUGGUAGGCCAAUAAAUUGUUAAUAUGCAUUAGAAAUGUUUAAUUAUACUAAUGGCAUCCGUCGUCCAGAGAUACAUUAUCGCAGCGAAACGAUGCCGGUUCUUACAAUCUACAUAGAGAUAUAGAAAGACAAGUCAUUGGUAGAAAUUUCCUUUGGUACUCAAAGGUACAUGUGAAGCUCACUGGUUCCGUACGACAUUAACAACAGCUAAUUUAUACCAGUAUGAGUUGUUUGUUAUGAGUGUAUCUAUAGAAUUUGUUCUAAAAUUUUUCUAUUGAGAAUUAUGUCCUCAAUACAUUGACGUUUUAUUGAUAUUGAAGAAAAAAAUUCUCUUUCUGGGAGUUUAUCUUUUGUCUUUGACAUUUUUUGUGAGAAUGUAUUUAAUUAUAUUGUUAUAAUAAUAAUUAUAUAUAGCUGUCCCUCCUGCAUUUGGGUCUGUCACAAUUUCUACAUGAAAGACUCCUGCAAAGUAUGGGUGACAAAGAUAUAAAUAAUAUGAAUUAACUGUUAAGCUGAUUAGAGAUAUUCCAAAGUAAUUUUUCAGAUUGCUUAUGAAUUUUUUAAAAUCACCUCUGACACAAAAUUUUUGUAUAGAUGUAUUCUGAUCACACAUGUACUUGUUGUCAAUUUGCAAAUGCAUUGAUGAACCUUUAACUUUAAAAAAAAAAGCAUUAUCUUAGAUUUGGUUGAAUUCUCCAAUAACAUUAAAUGAAAUAACUUUCAGUUAGCAGUUCCAACAGGAUUUUAUUUGUGAAUUUUCUAUAGGAUAUUUCAUGCAUAACCACUGAAAACGAAUUCAAGUUAAUUUAGAAAUGAAUAGAUUUCAGAGUUAGGUAUCUCCAAAUACCCUAUUUUAUACUCGUACAGGGUGGUUGGGUGGCACAGUGGUAACACACUUGCCUUUCACCUUGGCGCCCUGAGUAUGUCUCCCUGAUCAGAUGUGCAAAGGUAUGGGGUCACCUGCUCGACCAUGUGUUUUUUUCUCUCCGGGUACUCGUUUCCUCCCACAGCAGAACCACUCGCAUGCUUCCAUCCGGGCAUGCAAGAGUGAUUUAUAUAAGUUAAUAUACAACUUUUUUCGCAAUUGUUGUAAAAUGAAGUUUACAUUUUGAUAUCUAUUCAUUUCUAUUCAUAACCCUUUCAUCUUUAAAAUGUACACGUCUAUCUGUCCUCUGGAAUAUCUAUUAACUAAAUUCAAAUAAUCAGCAUUCCUAUGAUUUGGAUUUGUAUUGUCUCGAUCUAAAUAUAGGAUAUAAAUAUUCUGGAAUACCAUGAUCUAGACACCGAUAUCUGGAUCUUAUCUAAAUAAUCUGGAGGACCAUAUGUAUGAUCUAGACAUCCAAAAAUCUCUGGUCUAGAUAUCAAUAUCUUUCCCUUAAUAGUAAAAUAAAAAUGCUAAAAAUCUUUUUGCAGUCAUAUUAUUGAAUUUACUUUCUAUUGUUAAGAGUAUAAAUAAGUCGCUAAUUUAUUGACUCUGAAAGUUGUUCUCAGAUUAAAUACCACGAUUGCGAUGAAUACUAACUUUAAUAUUACAGCUAUGCAAAUAUAGUUUGUACAGUAUUGUAGGACAGUUUCUAUGAAUUUCACUAUGGCUGGUCCAUAGACAUUUUGUCCAUAGGGAUAUUUGAUGUAUGAAGUAUUUGUCCAUAGAGAUAUGUCCAUAGAAAAAUUAGCUAUUUUUUCCAUGGAGACAGCUAUUUUGUCCAUAGAAAUAUGAGAUGCAUGUUCUUAAAAGUUUAAGAUGUGUGUUCAUAGAAUAUUUGUCUUUGAUUUCCCUGCUGUUUUUCACAAUUUAAUCACAUUGAUUUACUUUUAUAAAGGGAGACAACUUCUACUGUAAUUUAUGACUGACAGUGAAUUGAAGUUCUGGUAAAUAUAUAUAAGCUGACUUUGAAUUGUUGUAUGAUGAAAACUUAUUACAAAGUUAUAUAACUUUAUAAACUGAUUUUACCUACAUGCUAUUUAAUAGUUUAAAAAAAUUGUACUAUUAUUACAUGUAUUUAGAAGUAAGGCAAUGAUUGACAUUUUGAAUAUUUUGAUUGACAUUUUGAAUGUCGACCAGCAAACCAGCAAAAUGUAAAAUUAUGGUAAUUGAAAUGUACCUUUGGCCACAAGUUGUGGUAUACAUUGGUAGAAUUAUCAUAGAAUAUAACUAUAUAAUGUAUAGAAUAUUCAUUCAACCCAAUAUCAUACAUUCUUCAGUUUUUAAUAUUCACACAUGUAUAAAUACCAUUCUUAUAAUUGAAAUUCUGCUAGGGAAGUUGAAUAAGAUUUUAAAAUUCCCUGAUUGAUGCUUGUAUGCAUGUGUGUUUAUAUGACACAGAAAUAAUUCUAUUUAAAUUUUAAAAAAAAAUGUAUAAAAAAAAUAUAUUGUCAAUAUUGUUUUGAUUCUGUUACUUUGUAAUUUGACUUUCAAAUGUAAUUUUGUAACAAAAACUUGUUAUAUUACAGUGUUUGAAGUUUAUUGUAUAAGUCCCUUAAUUCACAAGGGAAAUUUUUUGGUUUCAUUCUUUGGCUAUGACACUUUUUUCUUACAUUUUGUACAAUGUUAAAAUUAAUAUACAAUUAUCCUAAAUAACUUCCUGUUAAAGACGCAUCACCUGAACUAUGUCCAAUUAAAUUAUUUCAAACCAUAAAUACUAUCAAACUCAUAUGAGUUUUACAUGAAACACUUUAUAUUAUACACUAUAUUUGUAUGUUAAACAUUUCAUACAUACAUUCAUGAAAAGUGAAAAUUUGGUUCACCCAUUCCAAACUUGGGACAUCUCGAAUACAAACUAUUGAUUUUAAUAUUGUAUUAGCAUUCCAUUUCGAUUUCAUCAAAUAUCCUGUUUAUUUGAGACAAAAUUAAAAAGUCAUUUCAAUGAGAAUUGGCAUUGAAAAAGCCUGGCAGAUGGAUUUAUGAUGUAGAGUGUUUAUUUUGUAUGUCCUGGAUGACUGAUGUCACAACAUUUGGUUGUAGCUGUGUUUGUCAUUUUUGAAGAGGCUUUAUAUAAUUAGAGUUUAAUGAGGUCAAGAUAAAAACAAUGAUGUUUCAUGUAAAAUGCAAUAGAAAGUUCCUUGUGUUGAAGAAGGAUUUUCAUAUCUGAUAAUUUAUCCUCUCUGAUAAAAAUAGAACCUUGUGUGUGUAAGUGUGUAUUUUCUGAUUCAGGAUGAUAGAAAAUGAUUAGGCGAAAAGUUCUGUGACUUGGCCUGUAUGAUGUAGUCCGAGUUUCCUCUAGCCCUGACUCAAGAAGUUAUUGGAUAUUUUGAGGGAUUUCCCGUAUCAUCCAGAUAUCAGCCUGUCAAUAUAUCAUAGCCUAGUGUUGGGAGCUACAGGAAACAGGCACUGAAGUUGAUGCUGCUGGAUUGCUAGUAGACUAUAACACUGUUUCAAGGUUAAAGAAGAUAUCCGGUGUGAGGCACAGGGGUCUGAGGUUUUAUUACAUGUGUAAUUUUGAUAUUAGGAAUGGUAUAGUCUGGCCCCUGUGGUGCAUUAAACGGCAAAUAUUUAUUGGGUUUUCUAUUAAUGAUGUUUUUGUUAUUAAAAUAAAUCAUCUGUGCUUUUUCCAUUUA